UGAGAUAGGUUAGGUUAUUUGUGAGCUCACACACGCUAUUUAAAAAUGCCUCAUCUCUUGAUGCUCCAUUUGAUUGGAAAGAAGCACCGGAAGAGGAAGAAAAACCCCAGAAGCUGAGACCAGCUUUGGAGCUCCAAGGCCAUGUCUUCUCGCGAGCAAAGGAGAGCGGCUCUCUACGAGAAGUUGCAGCAACUUCGCGCCGUCACCAACUCCAGCGCAGUGAAUAGAACUUCAAUCAUUGUGGAUGCAGCCAAGUACAUAGAGGAGUUGAAGGAAAAGAUAGACAAGCUGAACGAAGAGCUCGGAACUUCGACAAAUCAGGAUUUACCCAUGGAGGUUAACGUCGAAAGCCAAGAGAAGGGGUUCCGAAUAAACGUGUAUUCGGAAAAGAACUGCCCAGGUUUGCUUGUUUCCAUACUUGAAGCCUUUGAGGAGCUGGGGCUCAACGUUCUGGAUGCUAGGGUUUCUUGUGCAGACAAUUUCCAUUUAGAAGCGGUUGGAGGAGAAGAAGAUGGGCAUGACAACAUAGACGCUCAGGUGGUGAAGCAGGCAGUGCUGCAAGCUAUCAAGAAAUGGAGCGACGAGCAAGACGGUUAAUUACACUUGAACCAUCUGUGAAUCUUCUCUCUCCCUCUUUCUCUUUUGCUUCCUCUUUGCUCUACUAUGAAGCCAGCAGCACCUGUAGAAAAGAGAAAGACAGGGAGAGGAGGUAAGGAAAAAAAAGGAUUAAGAUGCAACAAUUGUAACAAAAGUAUCCGAUGAUAGGAUAAGUUUGCAGCAGCCAAGGAAAAGGGUUUUAGCGCAUAAUCAGGACAAAAUUUGUUCAGUGAUGAUUCAUGUCGAUAUGACAACUAGGCAAUCUUUUACUGCUGCUGGAAUGAAACAAAUGAAGAUGCAAAAGCUAA